AUGUCAAGCUCCAAUCAGAGAGGUCGAGGCGGUGGAGUACAGGUCAGCACACCUGGCAGUACGGACACUGGGAAGAAGUGCACUAUUCACUGGGAGGGGGUUCGUGGUGCUCGUACUGAACGUCUACUUGCCUGGUGCAAGGAAAAUGAAGAUGCACGCAUCAAGCUUUUCUCGGAUUCUGCAAAGGAUGCUAAGGAGCAAGGCCGGAAGAAGAAGCAGAGUGGAACUUCGAGAGAUAUCUUCUAUUCACAGGUUGCACAAGCUGUAUUUUCAAAUGACGAGGAUCCGGAGGUGCAACGACUUUUCAAGGAGGAUCCCAAGGCUUUUAUUAAACCAGUUUCAACCCGUUUUGGCACGCUCAAGAGAAAAUACAACGAGUUCAACAAGGAGCUCAAGCAGUCAGGAGCCGGAAAGACAUAUGCGGAGCUACAGGAGGAUCCAAAGAUGAAGUCGUUGAUCAAUACAAAGCUCGAAAAAUUUCCCUGGUGGCCUGAGCUUCAUGGCUGGUGGCGGACGAACCCAGCUUUCAAUCACGCAUUUUCUACUGCAGAUGCAGGGCAAGAUUUCGCGUCUGCUGCAUUGGAACAUUUUAAUGUUUCCAAGCAAUCACAA